GUUUAUGCGGUAUUGAUCGGUAUCGAUGGAUAUUCGCUUGGUUCUCAAUUAUCCGGAUGUGUUUCCGAUGCGAAGGCAAUGAUGGAAUACUUGAUGAGCACCCUACACAUCCCGGAAGGGAACAUCCAGUGCCUUCUCCAUUCCCGCGAUGUCGCAUCUGUUAAGGACGAUCCUACCCGCCAGAAUAUCAUUGACAACCUUCGUGCUCUAUCUAAGAAACAGAGAGUCCAGUAUAUUAUCAUCUACUUUGCCGGACAUGGUUCAAUCUAUCUUAAUUCAGAUUAUUGCGAGGACGGCAUUGAAUCCUAUGGUUCCAGCCACGCUCUAUGCCCCGCUGACCGCGGCGAAACCAGCUGA